GCCGCCGCACUUCCGGGGGCGCCACAUAAGUCCCGCGAGGGAGGCGGUGGCUGCCGCGGUGAGGAGGGUGGAGGGGAGCGGCCGCGGUACCUCGGCUGCAGCAGGUUAGCGAUGGUACGCAGUGGAAAAAACGGUGGCCUCCACCUUAAGCAGAUUGCAUACUACAAAAGAACGGGGGAAUAUCAUCCCACCACGUUAUCAAGUGAAAGAAGUGGAAUCAGGAGAGCAGCCAAAAAAUUUGUUUUCAAAGAAAAUAAAUUGUUCUAUGUCGGAAAAGACAGAAAACAAAUGCGCCUGGUAAUUGUUUCAGAUGAAGAGAAGAAAAAGGUUCUUGCGAAAUGCCAUGAAAAUGCUGCAGGCACUCAUCACGGUAUAUCAAGGACACUGACUUUAGUGGAAUCUAAUUACUACUGGACCUCUGUAACAAAUGAUGUCAAACAGUGGGUAUAUGCAUGCCAGCAUUGCCAAGUGGCAAAGAAUACGACCACCACCACACCCAAACCGCACCCUAUCAAAGCAGAGGACCCCUGGACAGCAGUCACUGUAGCCCUAGUGGGACCUUUUAAUGUUACCAGCAGAAGCCACAAGUAUAUCAUAAUCAUGAUAGAUUUGUUCACAAAAUGGGCUGUUAUUUUGCCUCUGCAUGACACUUCAGCAGCUGAAAUUGCUAAGGCAAUCAUCAGUGUAUUUUUCUUAUAUGGACCACCUCAAAAAAUGCCUAUUGAUCAAGGGAAGGAGCUUGCUCAUCAGAUAAACAAAGAACUAUUUGCACUGUUUGGAAUGAAACAAAUAGUAUUGUCUUAUCCUCAGACUGAUGAAGUAAAUGAAAGAACAUGCAAGACAAUCAAAGCUUUCCUUAACAAAUACUGCACAGACCAUCCAAAUGAUUGGGAUGAACAUUUGUCUGCUAUUGCCUAUGCUUUCAAUUUGACUAAUUUGGAGCCAGAUCAAACCACUCCCUAUUUCCAAAUGUUUAAUCGUAACCCGUAUGUUGUUGAACCAAUGAAUGUAUGUAUGGAAGAAGAUAAUAUGUUUGCCAAAAUAUUUGAAGCAACCAAAAGAGCCAGUCAAGCACUGGAAGAAGAGAAAACCUCAGAUUGUCAGGUGGAGAAAACGUCUUCAGAUGAACAGAAAAACAGAAACAAAAUCACUGUCAAAAAGAAGCCAAAGCAAUUAAAUACCCUUCAACUUAAAGUUGGUCAUGAAGUCCUCAGACAAAGAAAAAACUGGUGGAAAGAUGGUCGUUUCCAGUCAGAGUGGGUCGGUCCUUGUAUUAUAGAUUAUAUCACAGAUAAUGGUUCUGCAAUAUUAAGAGAUGCUACAGGAUCCAGGUUGAAAAGACCCAUCAAGAUGUCUCACCUCAAGCCAUACAUAAGAGGGUCCAAUGAAAAAGACAACCACUACUUCUUACAAGGUGCAGUAGUUGUUGACCAUGAUUAUAUUGGCGUAUCUGAAAGACCAUAUAAUCCAAGCCAGCAAGACCCUAUUGCUGAAGAGGAAAUAAAUGCCUAUGCGAGAGGAGUCAUGUCUGCUGCGCAAAUGCCACCUUCAGCCUGCAAAGACCAAGAUUCAACAGAUGGUAAACAUCAGUCUGAGGCGACAGAAGAUCAUUGCAUUGAACCAAACAAUGCAAAGCCAGAGCAAUGGCCUUCACCUUGCUGGACACUUCAGACCAAGAUAGAAGACACUUAAGCAAGCGGUCUCCUGUCAUAUUUCAUUGGCAGUUUGGAGCACCUGUGGCAGACUGAACAGUUCCAAAUUCCUCAGCCAAAUCCACUUUACUCUAUGAGUUUAAGAAUACUGCAGGUAUUCAGUGGUUAAUUUACAUGGGCAUUAAGAAGCAAUCGCUCUGUUAACAAAAUAUGGGCACAACCUAGUAAAAGCACAUGUUCUACUACUGUCUGAAUUUAAGAACACUGCAAGUGACCAGUGGUUAAUUUAUGUGGGCAUUGAGAAGUAAUCACUUGAUUACCAGAAGUACUGUCACAACCUAGUAAAAGCGUAAGUUUUCAUCAUGAAUUUGCAUUCCAAUUUUUGCUGGUAAAAUGGCAAUAUGGCCCAACCCUACUGUUACCCUCUCAGGACACAGCACAUCAUUUCACAGUAACAAUGUUUUCAUUAAUCCUUACAUGACUCAUUGCUAACAUGCAGACGUAUUGUGGGAUAAAUACAACCUAAGCGACUUAACAUAAAUUUUUUCUCCACUGUACAAAUGUAAAUAAGCUUAUGUUGUCCUCUUCCUGUUACAGAACUUUUUCUCAUUCUUCCUGAGAAGCUGCAGUUUUUAAUUUUUAGUCUAACCCACCACUCUAAGAUCUCACAAAACAGUAAAGCUGCCAAAAUCAAAUACAGUGAGUAUUUUGCAUAUGAAACAGUGAGGCCUUUAGCUGCUCUUGCUCAUCAAAGCUCUGCUAAGGAGAGCAAUUUCAGUUCCUUACACGUGGCAGAAUCUUAACAGUAGUCAGCAUUCAUUUGUGCUUUCCUCACAAACAUCUGGUUUCCCUGACUUCUUUCCAGAUCUAGCAUAGGUUUGGAGAUUUCCACUGAUAGUUCUCUAGGAAAGGUGAGGACCAGUGUUGCUUAUUCUCUGAAUUCCUUGAGAAAGUUGUUACAGGCUAGGACUUCCUGCAAAGAAGACUCUCUAUUUCAUGAUAAGAUGAAAAUAUAUCUACUGCUCAAGUUACGUGAACAGAAACUUUCACAUGGAAAACUGAUGAAUGUAAGCUGGUUCUAUUUAUAGGGGAGUGACAGGAAGAGGAAGAAUGCUAGUGUAGAGAGCUGAAUUUAGAAAUACAGCAACUUCUGUCAGAUGCUGAGGAGGACUUGCUUAUCUUGCUCUUUGAAUAGCCGCAUUCUGUCAUCUUUGCUGCUGGAUGUCAUGUGACAUAAUACAGGUGGCUUUUAGUUAGCUUAAAUAGCUGGUUGUAUUGCUAUUGUCUUUUGACAAAACCUAGAAGAAGAAAGUAUUAUUUAUUAAUGGUUUUUCAGCUAAUCUUAGGUAAAAAGACUUUGUCCCCAAGGCUAAUUAGAUAUCUAGCUCAUGCAGAAAUUCACACCUAUUGUGCAGUAUGCCUACAGUGUCAUGGGCCUGAGCUGUGUAAAAGAACAGCUCAGCACAAUGGUGGUAUUCCAGCAUCUGAUCUUAAAACCCCUCUGAAAGUGCUUAAUUCUCAGUACUUUUUCCCCCACUGAGUCUGAGAAGGCAGUUGCGGAGAGGCAGCUGGGGACGUGGGUUGUGCAGAACGGCGUGCAGCACGCAGGAUUUGCGGUGGGUGUGGACAGCAGCACAACCUUGUAUUUAUCUAUUAACUGCUGCUACCUGCGGGCUGUACCGCCCUCUGGGGACUGCUGUUCUUCGGAUCUCUGCUCUAGUGCAGUCAAGGUAGUAAAGUAAGUGGUCUUGGGGAAAUAUGCUUAUUGUCUU